UUUUUUUUUAAAAAAAACCAGUUCCCUUUUGUCACUCCACCAUACCGUUGUUUUCCUCGCUCGUUGCGGUCGACAGUUGCUCCCGCUCAUUUUCUCUUCGACUUGGACCAUACUUCGUUUUUUUCCUCCGGAUAUAAGCACAUCCUACCUCCGACUUUCCUUGCACAGCAAAGUUGAGCCCUAUGGCUCUAACUUUUAUUUCAUCACUCGAUCUAUCCCAUCUCAUUGAGUUUGCCCCCCCCUCCCUUCGCUGGCGACAGCCCACACAUCCUUCUCUCCCCCCACUCACUCACCCCAUACCGACGAGACACCCACAGAAAAGGACCCACGUUUGAAGAAAACUCGACAAGGGGAGGACAGCAACAAACCGAUGUCGGCAGUAACAGGGAAUUCGCUGUUGGACUUCGUGAUUGGGUUGAUCGUGUCGCUGAUCUCUUCGAUCAUGAACGCCGCAGGACUCAACCUGCUCAAGCUGGACCAUGACCGCAACAGUGCUCGAGGCCAAGAGCGGCAGAGACAUGAAUGUGGGAGGCCUAUGUGGCAUGUGGGACUCUAUCUGUACGUGGGUAGUCAGCUUGCUGGAAGCACCAUUGCACUGAACUUUCUGAAAGCUCAGUGGGUCGCGCCUUUGGGUUCGGCCGCGCUGAUUUUCAAUUUCAUCUUUGCAAAGAUCCUGGUCGGAACAAGGAUCACCAAGAAGGACGUGGUCGGUACCGUUGUCGUCACGUUCUCCGUCGUCUGGAUCGUGAUCUUUGGUGGGAUGAACUCUGGUGCGGAUGUCGAGGGAUCGCUCACAAUCGCGGAACUCAAGGCCUUGUUCUCUAGAGUCGUCUUUAUCAUUUACUUUUCGGUGUUCAACAUAAUCAUCCUUACGCUCUUGUCGCUCGGGCUAUAUGUGUACUGGGCCAUCACCUUGGACGAUGAGUCAGGACGACUGAGGAAACAGAUGAAGGCGAGGCUGAUAGAGUUCUUGGGAACCAACCGGCUCGCCAGGUGCUCGGGGUGGACGUUUGCAGGAGGUGAGGGAUUGGAGGCAGAAGCCAGGGAUCUGAGACUGAGGAAGAUCGUGGCCAUGAUUAUGGCGACUAGCGGAGGACUGAUCGCGAGCCAGACGUUGUUGCUCGCAAAGAGUGGUGUCAAGCUACUGGCCUCGACCGCUGCGGGACAAAACCAGUUCUUGGACAUGCUCAGCUUCUUUAUCCUCUUCGUUUUGGUGCUCACAGCUAUUCUUCAAGUUUAUUGCUUGAACACAGCACUGAAGCUGUACGAUUCUGUCAUGGUCGUGCCCAUGUUUUACGGCUACUACGCCGCAUUCGGGCUCAUUAACUCAACCAUCUACCUGAACCAAUACCACAACUAUCAGCCAUGGGUCCUCGUGCUGAUCCUACUCGGCAUCGGAGUCUUGAUCGUCGGUGUCCAUAUGCUUAGUGCGCCAAAGGUAGAAAUUGAAUCUUCGGCUAGUACUACGUCCUCGACCAGAGACGAAGAGCUCAAUGACGCCGACGACGACGACGAUGACAAAGAACAGGGAGGGUCUCGGGUGGCGGAUGGCAGGGCAAGCAUAUGCGAGAAGGAUGGUGACAAAGUCAGAUUCAACAAAAAAAUCUCGGAUGAUAGCGUUGCCUUGAUGAUAAGGAAGUCAUCCGCGUCGUCGGAGGUUAUGGAAACUAUCGGUCGCGACAAUAUUGCGCAUGAUGUGGAUGGGCCAAAGAGUACAGGAGCUGGUGCCAGAGGAUCCGAUUCCUCAGUCAAUAUGGCCUAUGUUUUAAUAGAGGGCGAACAGGACCCUGGAUUUUUUCAGUUGCAUGGACGGGAAAGCAGUUUGUCCCAAACGACCUACAAAGCCUUUGACCUCCGUGAAAGGCGCGCCAGUGUUGAUCGGGGACGGGAAGGUCGAAGUUCCACUGUAGAUGCUCACCGACAAACGCUGCCAAAGAUCGACACGGCCUUUGUGACGAGAGGUCGGUCAGAGACGAGAAGAGUCCCCAUGUCUGCAUGGCUCUCGGCUGCGGGACCACGACCAAUGUCGCCGAGCGAGUUCCGUGCACAGUACACGGAUUCGCCUUUCCCUAUCAAGCCCAAACAUCUUCAGGACAGAGUGUCAGGACUUGGGGGACCAAGGUCAGCGUCAUCCGCACCAAUAGAGGGUGAACGACGCCCUCGAUGGGCUGUAGGAGGCGCCAGGAUAGACCAAGUGUUUGGGGAUUUGAACCCAUUCAAGUUCCUGCGUAGGAGCUCUAUGGAUAGCAGCCUCGUUCUACCGGCAUCGCCUAGACAGGUACAUGAUAAGGGAUACCUUCGUUGCCAUCCGCGUUGUGGGUCUUGCACAGGAUUGCCGUCCGAGUGGGAGGAGCCCAACAGGAUGAUGAGGCACUCGACGCUGUUUGGAGAACAUGGAAGGGCGAGUUCUGCGGGCUCCUGGGUAUCGUCUAGAUCUGCUUCACCGGCACCGAGCAGCUGUAUCAUUACGCCAGACCAUUCGCGAAGACAGUCGACGCAUGAGGGCGCCAGUGGUGCCUGGGUUACCAAUGUUCCGAUAGCUUACAAGCCGGGAGAACCGCUCAGUCCUACUGGAGUAUACACUGCCCAUGGCGGAGAAGGAAGCCCACAAGAACCACAGGGCUACCAGAAUCAUUACUUCACAGGAACACCGCCUCCGAUAUCGGCCUUGGCAGGGGGCGAGUGCUCGAUGUCGUCGUCGCAGCUUCCUCCAACGCAUCACCAGCACCAUCGUUCUCAAUCAUCUUCCCCAACUAUUCACAGAAGACAGUUAUCUUUUACAACUAAGAACGGUCGGGGUCUGGCAGCGGUGUCAGCUCUUAGCGCAUCUUCCCCAACGCAUGCGGAAACAGCUUCGUUUGCAUCAUCCACCGGAACGUUCGGGACGGUUUCUACGUCCGGGGUCACUGGCCUUUCGACACUGCCGCUGAAUGUACGGCACCAACUGCAGCAUCUUCAGCAGCACCAGCAUUACCCGACCUCUUCUUUGCAGCACUCCAUUACAACUAGCAGCAUCAGUACGAUUGGAGAUACCACGCCAGCGCUGUCGACUUUGACAUCACUCGUUCAGCUGGCGGAUGAAAGCGUAUUUGGCCCUAUCCCUGUGGAUCCGAAGAAACGCGGGGUGGCCCCAGAGUCGAUGUCGUUGGCCAGUCUCUGGAUGGGUAUGACUCCUUCGUAGUCUAUGCAGGCGAUCGAGCUGGAUCUAGAGGAGCUGGACCGGGAGUUGUUGCCGCCGCCGCCGCUGCGUAGCGAAAAGCGAGUGUGAUCAGAAAGUAUCUGUUCUGAUAGACUUGACGGCACUAUGUACACUAUGUAGAUACCCAGGAAAGAAAACAAAUCAAGUUGACCAAAAGACGAUACUCCGAGCGUAUUUUUUUUCCUACGGGUGUAAGAA